UCCGCCACUAUGCGCCUGCUCCUGCUGCCCUUAGCGGCCCUGCUCCUCCAGGCGGACUCCUACUUCUCCGAGGAGAAGUACCCGGAGGAGUCGAAGGUGCAGCCUCCCACCGUGGUGAUCGCGAUCCUCGCCCGCAACGCCGCUCACUCGCUGCCCUUCUACCUCGGAGCCCUGGACAGACUCAACUACCCCAAGGAGCGGAUCUCCGUGUGGGCGGCCACGGAUCACAACACCGACAACACCACAGCCAUGUUGAAAGAGUGGCUCACGUACACACAGAAGUUUUACCAUUACGUCGAGUGGAGACCCAUGGAUCAGCCCAGGUCCUAUGCAGGAGAAAUGGGUCCUAAGCACUGGCCCAACAGCAGAUACGAGUACGUGAUGAAGCUGAAGCAGGCGGCACUGAACUUUGCCCGGAAGCGCUGGGCCGACUACAUCCUGUAUGCUGACACUGACAACAUCCUCACCAACCCAGAAACACUCAACCUGAUGAUCGCAGAGAACAAGUCGGUCAUCGCUCCCAUGUUGGACUCGCAGGGAGCCUACUCCAACUACUGGUGCGGCAUCACUCCACAGGGAUACUAUCGCCGAACAGCUGAGUACUUCCCCACCCGUCAGCGUCACAGACUGGGCUGCUUCCCGGUGCCCAUGGUCCACUCCACCACGCUGCUGGAUCUGAGGAAGGAGGGCAUGAAGAACCUGGCUUUCUUCCCUCCUCACCAGGACUACUCGUGGCCCUACGACGACAUCAUCGUGUUCGCCUUCUCCUGUCGAGCUGAAGAGAUACAGAUGUACCUGUGCAACAAGGAGCGCUACGGCUAUCUGAACAUCCCGGCCAAACCUCACCACACCCUGGAGGAUGAUCGCCUCAACUUUGUUCACGUGCACCUGGAGUCCAUGAUUGAUGGUCCUCCCAUGAAACCGUCUCGCUUUGUCCAUGUGUUCCCCAAACAGAGAGACCUCAUGGGCUUUGAUGAGAUAUAUCUGAUAAAUCUGCGGCGCCGUAAGGACCGCAGGGACCGGAUGCUGUUCUCGCUGAACGAGCUGGAGAUCGACGUCAAGGUGGUGGAUGCUGUGGAUGGAAAUGCACUGAACAGCAGUGACAUUAAGAUCCUGGGUGUUGACCUGCUACCGGGCUACUACGACCCGUUCUCCGGACGCACCCUGACCAAGGGAGAGGUGGGCUGCUUCCUCAGCCACUACUUCAUCUGGAAGGAGAUGGUGGACGAGCAGAUGGACAAGGCGCUCGUCCUCGAAGACGAUGUCCGUUUCCAGGCCAACUUCAAGCGACGGGUCCUCAAACUGUUGGAGGAGGUGAAGCAGGUGGAACUGGACUGGGACAUCAUAUACUUCGGCAGAAAGCAGGUGAAUCCUGGGAGCGAGAAGGAGGUGGAGAACGUCCAGAACCUGGUGUACGCCGACUACUCCUACUGGACUCUGUCUUAUGCCAUCUCCCUGCAAGGAGCCCAGAAACUGGUCAACGCCGAACCGCUUUCCAAGAUGCUGCCUGUGGAUGAGUUCCUCCCCAUCAUGUAUGACAAGCAUCCCAAUAAGGUCUACAAGUCCAAUUUCCCCAACAGGAACCUACAAGCCUUCAGUACACGCCCCCUGGUGGUCCAGCCGUGCCACUACGCCGGGGAUCCCGACUGGGUGAGCGACACCGAGACGUCCACGCUGUGGGACGAUGACUCCGUACGCACAGAUUGGAGGGGCUCCCACAAGACCCUGAAGGGGGCGGCGGCGGCCCCCGGGAUGCUGUCAGCUGCCUACAAGGAUGAACUCUAGUGCGGAGCUGACAUAGCUGAGCAGAAAGUCGAGGUCAAGAGGUCAGAGGGACAGAUGCCUGGAGGAAGGAACUACACCCAGACUUUAUUUGGAGUUCUCCUGGACUUUGACUUUUUCAAAGCGCGUAAGCAAGUGUACGGGAGGAUUAUUUUUAUAUAACGAUGGGUGUUUGCAUCUCAGCAAAUCAGAUGCUUGAACUUGCACAACAGAUUUUUCUCGAACAAUCCGCCCUUUAGAUAUUUUUUACUUUACUCAGAAGAUACUUUUUUUUAAUAUUCUGAGCGUUUAAACAGUUGUAUGGUUAAG